AAACUAGCGAGGAAUGAUUGGACUGAGGCGCGUUAUCGUGAACUUCGUCGUCAGGUGCAUCCGUCACCUUUUUUUUUUUUUUCUCUCUCGCCAAUUUCCCUGGGUCUCCGAGAGAGGGCCAGCCAGGUACCUCCUACAUGUGGUCAAACCGAUACCAGACGCAGCUACUGCUACCCACCCCAGCCAGGAAACGUCGUCGGUCAAUCGCCAGGUUUGGAAUUAAUACCCCUCGAUUCGGCCGCUAUCAAUCCCGUACGUUAAUCCACCGCCACUCAUCCGUCGCCGCUCCUCCGCAGUAAAGAUCGCCACCAUGUUCCGAAACGUCGUCGUCGUCGUCGCGCUCUCCGCCCUCUCUUUAGUCUCGGCCCAAGCGAACUCCAACUCUACCUUCAAAAUCGACCCGACCACCGUCGUCGUCGCCGAUCGAGUCUCUUGGUGCCAGGCCCAGCAAGACAACUGCAACACCCUUUGCGGCACUGCGGUCGAUAACACAUGUGACGUCGACUCUCUUGAUUUCGCAUGUGUAUGCCAAGGCAACAAUGCGCCAGACUUGAACCUUUACUUGAACACGAUGCCCUGGUUUGUGUGUCAGAGGCUUCAGAGCAAUUGCAUUACCCAAAACGAGAACAAUGCGGCCGGCCAGAGAAACUGCACUGCUACCUUCGGCGACAGAUGCGGCACGGAAGAUGUGACGGACCACGCCGGAGAGGGCUCUGUGAGCCAGACCACCAGCUCUUCAGCGUCCCCAUCCGCUACCGGCGCCGCCACCAGCUCCUCUGUGCCAACUUCGACGUCCCAAGGCGCAGGUGUCCCCACCGGUGUUGUCUAUCUCGGAAACGGAGCCGCGGCUGUAGCCGUUGGCUUGUUCGCCUAUAUGCUUUAGGCCUGAAGUAGGCUGCAAGUCGAACGAUGUCUCGGGGGUCGCGCCUCGUGGUCAUGGGCUCCUUGCUCGGGUACAUUACAAGGUUG